CAAGCUCGAGAGUGUCUCGUGUUGCGGCAAGCGGGGCACCUCGCGGCGCGUCCGUCACCGCCCCCCCCCGUCUGCGGCGCGGCGCCUGCGGCUCGCUCUGGCGCAGGACCUGCCCCUGGCCCUCGGCGCGAUGAAGUUCGCCACCGAGCUGCGGCGCCACCGGGUCCCAGAGUACGGCGACCACUGCCUGGAGUACGAGCUGAUGCGGGAGGCCCUGAAGCGAGGCGAGCAGGAGGUCGUGAAGCGAGGCGAGCCGGAGCUCAUCGUCCGGUCCUUUUGCCAGACCCUGUCGGCCCAGGUCAAGAGGGUCCACGCGUUCAGUCUCGGCAUCCUCAAGGCCAUCCUGGAGCGCGCGCGGCUGCUGGGGUCGCCAGAGCUGUUCUCGGAGACCGCGUGGAUGCAGCUCGUGUCGGAGGUCGACCGUUUCCAGAGCUUCGCCUGGUACAACUGCGAGGGCGUCAGGAUGAUCAUCGAGGAGCUCGGGGAGAAGUUCGGGCCGUCCGUCGCGAAGCAGCUCGGGGCCUGUGGCCUGCGGAGGAGCCCCCUGGUGGACGGGACGGACAUCGACCUGUGGCUGAGGGUGCCGGCGCGGCGGUGCGCGGAGUUGUCGGAGGGAGGCAAGAGGCCCCCCCAGCUCGAGUUCUGGCUGCAGGAGUUCAUGGUCGGAUGCAGCCGCGCGAGCGCGAAGAUUGCGGGGCAGCGCCUCCUGGAGUUCUGGACGCGCGGCUACUCGCAGAAGGUCACGCUGGCGGUGAGGAACACCUUCCUCGAGCUCUCCGACGGCGGCGAGGCGUGUCGGCACGGGCCGCGCCGCGCCCAGUCCCUGCCUCCGCGGGCGCUGGCUGGCGCUGGCGAUGGCCCCAGAGGCGAGGGCUUGGAGCGCAGGUCGGCGGGGGACUCCCCGGGCACGGCGGGCGCGCGGGCCGGCGCGCGGGGCGGCG